AUGGAGGAAGAAUCCAAAGAGAAUUUGUUAAUUACUAAUAUGCCUAACAACAAUCUUGAGACUGAGAAAAAUUUAGGGAAUCUAAGCAAGGACAACAUAGAUAUUAACGAAAAUGAAAUUUUAAUAUCGGAAACAAAUGAAAAGGAAGCUGAAAUCAAAACAAUCUUGACAGACAUAAUGGAUAAUAAUGAUAAUGAGAUAAAGCAAGUUAAAUCAGAAAUUGAGCAAUUUCAAAUUCAAGAACCAAAGGAUAUCAUUGAAAAUCCAGCGGGAAAAAACAAAAGCGGUACUAUCAUGUCAACAAUUUCAGAAAAAUUUAGUGAUCCAGAAACUAAAUCCUCUCAUGAGAGGAAGAAACGCAAGAAAAUAAUAAAGCAAACGCGAUCAUCGUCAGCAUCAGAGGAACCAGAGCCUUCUAAUAUUUCUGAUAACAAAUUAUCUCAUAAAAUUAAUCAGAUUCCAGCUGAAGAUAUCGAAAUAAAUAAAAAUCGAAAAUCAACCGGAUUUCAGCCUACACCACCUUCUGAGAGCUCAAAGAGUGUACAUAGACCUUGUCCCAUUAUUUCAUCCCCAGAAUCGCCAAAGUCAAUUCAAAAUAAUGAACCAGAACAGGAAAAUGAUCAACAAUCUGUGCCAUUAACAGACGAAGAAUUAGAACAUUACCGUCAAAUGGCAUUUCAGCAGCAGCCGAUACGCAAUUUAACAGACGAACAGUAUAAUUACAUCAUUAACUCUCUAAUACAGGAGAGAAACGAAGCAGCAGCCGAACACAAAUUUACUGUCUCAGAUAGAAUAAACUCUGCACAAGAUUUUGUUCAAAAAUGCCUCCUUGAUAAACAAAAAGCAGAAGCACAAAAUGAAGCCAUUAAUCAGUACAAGCAACAGCUCAAAGAAGUUAAUGACGAAAUUUCUCAAUACGACCAAGAAACAGACAGAUUGAUCAAAGAGCUGCUUGAGAGUCAGCAGAAGGCAAGAGAAAGACUGGAGAAUACCCACAACGACCAACUCGAUAAACAUGCUGAGGAAUGGACUUCAGAAAAGAAACAAAGACAGUAUAACAGGGCAUCACACGGACUGAUUAAUCUGAGGAAGCAAUUUAAGAGAUUGAUGCAGCAGAACAGAUUUAAAGAGGCUGGAGAUGUCCAAUCAAUUAUUACAAAGGCUGAGGAGAAGGAAAAGUAUGAAGCCCACCUCUCCAUGCAAAGGGACUAUGAUAACUCAUUACGGAUGCUCCAAACCAGACAAAAAGGUGAAAAACAAUUUUUCGAACAACAAUCUUUAAUUCACUUGGCACAACUAAAGCAGAAAAGAGAGCGCCGCCGUGUUGCUUUAGUUAAUAAGCAGAAGAAAGUAGAACAAAUUGGUCUUUUUGCAAAUGAUGCAGAAAAAGUUUGGGGAAAAGUCCAAAAUCAGAGAAAAGACGAAAACCUUUCAGCAUCAGGACCGAUUUUGUCCAGAAAUGGAUCUAUUAUAUCCCCUAGAACUGCAACAAUAAAAGCACAGGAUUCUAGAGAAGAUGCGACCAUACCUUUACCACCUCUCGAUGUCAGACGAUCAUUAAGAGGUCAGGCACUUGUAUCGUCUCACUCAGCAAGAAUUUAA